UUAAUGUCGAACUCACAAACUUUCGAUACUAUAGUUAUUGGCGCAGGAAUUAUAGGCAGUGGAUGUGCUUAUAAAAUUGCAAAAAGUGGACAAAAAACGUUGCUUUUAGAACAAUUUUCUCUCGGCCAUGCACACGGUUCUUCCCAUGGAGCUUCUCGAAUAAUUCGCUGUACUCAUGGAGAACCACAUAUCCUCCCGUUUGCUUUGGAUGCUUUUAAAGAAUGGGAGGAAAUGGAAAAAAUUGAUAAAAAUGCUGGGAAGGCUUUAAUUAUAAAAAACGGAGUGUUAACAAUAGAUUAUGAUUGGAAAAGGACUUUAGAAAAAUCAGAUAUUCUUCGGUCUUUUAAUGUCCCUCACGAGAUACUUUAUGGAGGUUCUAUUAUACAACGACGUUUCCCUCAAUUUGUAAAUUUUGAUAAAAAUUAUUCGGCAAUUUAUGAGCCUGGAGGGGGUGCUUUAUUAGCUAAUAAUUGUUUAGAAGCUGUGCAGAGACAAUUCCAAGCCUUAGGAUCUUUAGCCACUCUAAAGGAUAACGAAAAAGUUUUGUCUAUUGUUCCGAUUUCACAAAAAGAAAAUGGAUUUUGGUUGCUAGAAGUUGCGACGAAUAAAGGUUAG